AUGGACAAGGGAAAGUUAGCAAAAAUGGACAUUGGGUUUUAUGAGGCGUGCGGUCCACGGCCUCAGAUGGAGGAUGCCCAUGUCAUAAUCCCUGAUUUGAACAAACAGUACAAGAUCAAAGGCGACCAGAUGGCGCUCUUCGCCAUUUUCGAUGGUCAUGGAGGCAAAGAGGCGGCGCAGGUUGCACAGGAAGUCUUCCCAGAAAUAUUGGUGAAAGAAAACGAUUUCAAGUUGGCCAACUACGAAAAGGCUCUUUACAGUGCUUUCCUCAAGACCGACCAGGAAGUGUUGAAGCGUUCCGAGGCUGAGAGAUGGAAUAACGGUUGUACUGCCUGUGUUGUUCUUCUUGUCGGUAAAAGAUUGUACACUGCCAAUCUUGGAGAUGCGGAGGCUGUCCUUGGUGUCACCAAACCCAAGGAGAAAGGUUGCAAACCAAUGCCACUUUCGACCAAACACAACCCAACGGACGACGCCGAGAAAAAGAGAAUUGAAGAAGCUGGUGGACAAGUUGUCUGUGGACGUAUUAAUGGUAUUCUCGCUAUUUCGAGAAGUUUUGGUGAUAUUGAGUUCAAAUAUCCACACAACAAAUCCAUGAAAGACUUUGUCUCACCAAUUCCUGCACUUCAGAUGACUCCCAUUGGCAAGAACAAUCCGUUUUUGAUUUUGACAUGUGAUGGGCUUUACGAAAAGAUGAAUUAUGAAGAAUUGAUCACUUUGACUUAUGAGAGCAUCGAGAAACAUAAGAAAAAAGAGUUUGACGCGGUCGCAAAGGACAUGGUCGAAGAGUCCCUUAAGAAGGGCAGUAUGGACAAUCACACCGCCAUCGUCGUGUUUUUCAAGUGGAAAUAA